CCGGGCGCGGGAGGCCCAGACGGCCCUGGGGCGGCGGAGGCGCGGGGCCGAGAAGGGCCCCGGGAGGCGGGGCCGGGCGGCUCCUCCUCGUCACGAACUCGGGAUGACCUUGGCCAAGUCGCCUAGGCCCCUCCGAGCCGCCGCCGUCGCCGCGCCGCCCGGGUGGGCCGUUUUGAGGUUUUUGCGGCUCCGCGGCGGGAAGCUCUCGGAGGAGCGGGCAGUUUGCCGGGCGCCUCGCCGAGGGAGGGCGAAGGAAGAAAGGCCUCCCGAGGGCCCGGCCCGGCGCGGGCUGAGGGCGGGCUCUCGUUUUUUAAAUCUUUUCAAACUCGGGUGUAACGUGAGGUCGGUGCAGAACUUUGGAACGUGACCCUAGGAGACUCCCCUUGAUCUCAGCCCCAAGCGGCGAAGCCUGGAGCCCUUGGCAGCAGCCAGCUUCCUAGACACCCGCCGUGCCCGGCUGUUGUUCCAGGGGCGCCUGAGCCCACAGGCCCUGCCCACGUCCUUUAGGGGAUGGAAAGUAGGGACCCCCUAGCUUUUGAAGAAUUCAUGCUUGUGGUUCCUCUUGUUUGCAGAAACCUUUACCACCCAGGCAGGAAAUUGCAUAGCAGAUUUAGGUCUUUGAUUUUUGUUUUGCUUUCUUUUUUCCUUUUUUCUCCCCCCCCCCCUUUUUUUAAAGAGAGACAUGAACUCACUGUGUAGCCCUGGCUGCCCUCUAACUCAUAAAGAUCCGUCUGCCUCUCCUUCCCCAGUUUUAGGAUUAAAGGCCUACACCACUACACCUUGCAAGCAAAGUUCAGGUCUUUGUGAACUGUGGAGUCUUGUCCGUUUAUAGAUACAUGAUUGUGCAUUUUGUAUAGCACCGGCACCUUUUUGGUAGUGGUGUGGGAACUCUUACCUCGGUGGGCAAAGAUGUAUGUAAUCGAUGAUAAGAGUGAUAGGCAUAAAAGCAUAUUUUGAUGGUGUACGCUGGGAGAAAUUGAAAACACUGAAUUGACCAACCUCGUUUCCCUGCAGGUGACUAGCAUGCAGAUACUCGCACCCUGACUUGGCUGCCUGACUACUGACAUGGCCCACCGGGGUGGGGAGAGGGACUUCCAGACUUCAGCUCGGCGGAUGGGUACUUCCCUGCUCUUCCAACUUUCCGUGCAUGAACGGGAGCUGGACCUCGUGUUUUUGGAUCAUAGCUAUGCUAAACCAUGGAGUGCCCACCCAGAUGCCAGUAGUGCCCGCCCCACCCGCAUGCUCUUUGUAACUCCCCGUCGGCAGCAGGAGAAUACUAUUGAAUCAGACGUUCCAAUAGAUGUGGAGACGGUCACAUCAACUCCUGUCCCACUCUAUGACAACCAGAAGGCACGAAGUGUGAUGAACGAGUGUGAACGGCAUGUCAUCUUCGCCAGGACUGACGCAGAUGCUCCUCCUCCACCAGAAGACUGGGAAGAACAUGUCAACAGGACUGGCUGGACCAUGGCUCAGAGCAAGCUGUUUAACAAGAUCCUCAAAGCCCUGCAGUCUGACCGGCUCGCCCGCUUGGCCAAUGAAGGGGCUUGCAACGAGCCUGUGCUGCGUCGUGUGGCUGUGGACAAGUGUGCAAGAAGGGUACGACAGGCUCUGGCCAGUGUUGGCUGGGACACCAAGCUGAUCCAGUGGCUGCACACCACCCUUGUGGAGACCUUGAGUCUGCCCAUGCUGGCGGCUUACUUGGAUGCUUUGCAGACACUGAAAGGGAAGAUCCCAACUUUGAUCGAUCGGAUGCUUGUGUCAUCCAACACAAAGACUGGGGCUGCAGGAGCCGAGGCCUUGUCACUCCUCCUCAAGAGGCCCUGGGACCCAGCCGUUGGUGUGCUUUCUCAUAACAAGCCAAGCAAACUCCCUGGCUCUCCUUUGAUUCUCAUCGCCUCCUCUGGUCCCUCCAGCUCUGUGUUCCCUGCCUCACGCCGCCACCGCUUCUGGCAGUCACAGCUUUCCUGCUUAGGCAAGGUCAUCCCUGUAGCCACCCAUCUGCUGAACAAUGGUAGUGGGGUAGGAGUUCUGCAGUGCCUUGAGCACAUGAUUGGUGCCGUGAGAAGCAAAGUGCUGGAGAUUCACAGCCAUUUUCCACACAAACCCAUCAUCUUGAUUGGAUGGAAUACAGGAGCCUUGGUGGCCUGUCAUGUGUCUGUGAUGGAGUACGUCACUGCAGUUGUCUGCCUUGGGUUUCCUCUGCUUACUGUGGAUGGCCCCCGGGGGGAUGUGGAUGAUCCCCUCUUGGACAUGAAGACUCCAGUCCUCUUUGUCAUUGGUCAGAAUUCUCUACAGUGUCACCCUGAAGCCAUGGAAGACUUCCGGGAAAAGAUUAGAGCAGAAAAUAGCUUGGUGGUGGUGGGAGGAGCUGAUGAUAAUCUCAGAAUAAGCAAAGCAAAGAAGAAGUCAGAAGGGUUGACUCAAAGCAUGGUGGACAGAUGUAUCCAGGAUGAGAUUGUGGACUUCUUGACUGGAGUGCUCACUCGUGCUGAGGGGCAUGUGGGUUCUGAGCCUCGGGAUCAGGACGCUGAGAAGAAGAAGAAGCCCCGAGAUUUGGCCCGAAGAGACUUGGCCUUUGAAAUUCCUGAGCGAGGCAGUCGGCCUGCUUCCCCAGCUGCCAAGCUCCCCACCUCCCCUUCGGGCUCAGAGGAUCUCUCCAGUGUGUCCAGCAGCCCCACCUCUAGUCCUAAGACCAAAGUGACCACGGUGACCUCUGCUCAGAAGUCCAGUCAGAUUGGGGCUUCCCAGCUGCUGAAAAGACAUGUGCAGAGGACAGAAGCUCUACUGACCCACAAACAAGCCCAAGCACAGUUUGCUGCUUUUCUGAAACAAAACAUGCUGGUGAGGAAAGCUUUUCCUCCCGGCGCCUCCUCCUGUCUCUUUGUUCCCAUUUCAUCAGAACCCAUGGAGGAGGCAGAGAAAGAGGAGCUUCGGGUCCAGCUGAAGCGGCACCAUCCUUCCAGUCCUCUUCCUGGCGCAAAGCCCUCCAAGCGACCAAAGAUCAAAGUGUCCCUCAUCUCCCAAGGGGACACAGCUGGAGGGCCUUGUGCUCUUUCUCAAGGUGGAACACCUGAAGCCCCUGGGGGGAAACCCAUCACCAUGACGCUGGGAACUUCCUCGGGAGCCAAGGAACUCACUGGACUUCUCACUACAGCCAAGUCAAGUUCUUCUGAAGGUGGAGUUAUAGCCAGCGCAGCCCCAUCUGUGGCUUCCAGCAGUGCCACACCCAAUGCCAUCCACACACUGCAGAGCCGCUUGGUGGCCACUUCUCCUGGCAGCUCCCUUCCAGGGGCUACUUCGGCCAGCAGCCUCCUCCAAGGCCUCAGCUUCAGCUUACAGGAUAUUAGCAGCAAGACCUCUGGCCUCCCAGGAAGUCCCUCUCCAGGGCCAGCCCCACAGGCCGCCAGUGUGAAAUUGCCAACCCCCAUGCAGAACCUGGGUGCCAUCACCACAGGCACAAGCACCAUCGUCCGUACCAUUCCUGUGGCCACCACUCUCUCCUCCUUGGCUGCCACUCCUGGUGGGAAGCCCACUGCUAUCCACCAGCUGCUGACCAAUGGGGGCCUCGCUAAGUUGGCAAGCAGCCUACCUGGUUUAGCUCAGAUUUCUAACCAAGCAUCAGGCUUAAAGGUCCCCACCACCAUUACUCUGACACUCCGUGGCCAGCCAAGCAGAAUCACCACGCUAAGCCCUAUAGGCUCAGGAGCAGCACCAUCCGAGGAGCCCACCUCCCAGAUGCUGCCCUCUAGCUCACAGCGCCUGCCUCCAGCACCCUGAAUAUGCCAGCAAUAUGUCCUCCUUACCAGGUUGGUGACAGCUGCCUCAAGGUGAACCGUGUGGUCCUGCUGAGCCGUCUGAGUGUCUGAAGACAUCCUAAAGACAGUCAUUUCCACCUUCUACCCGCUGUCUUUGGGGUUGGGCCUCUGGGUCUUGAGAGGGCAUUAGGCCAGGUGAUAUAGUGCCAGCAAGGGGAGCACUGUCCAGGGCCAGCAGGUUGGUUCCUGGAAUCCCCAGCAGGCCUGGCCGUGUGUGGAUUAUUGGCAUUUCUACCCCAACACUACUGUCAUUUGACCCCAGUGUCAGUAUAGAGCUGCUCACUGCAGUUCAUGAGGAAGGCAGGGAGAACUGGGCUGUCGGCUUUGAGCCCCUCAGCUGCUGGGGCCGUGAGGAACGGUUGUUAGCAGGCCCCUCUUCUUCUUCACCAUGGUUUGUGCACUGUCUGUACCAGAGCCUGUAGGUCCAAAAAGACUGAAGAUGAGGGAUGGAGCAGCCAGAGGAAAUGGGUGGCAAGACACACCCUCAGACCCUGUGCUGCUGACAGUUCGGGCUUGGGACUCUGCGUGACACUUGAGGACCUAAGAUUAGCUAGAGAAGUGGAGUCAGCCAAGUCAGAGUCCUCUCUGGUGCCUGGCGACGAAGCAGAUUGACCGGCUCCCAUGCUGCUGUUGUAGGAGUUGGAGCGGUAGGACAGUGAAGGCUGUGCUUCAGAGUUGGUCUCCUUUCCUUGGAACUUUGUCUUUCUGUUAGAAGAAGGGAGGUGGUAGUGACUACUGUGUGAGGCUCUGGUGCCAGCCUGAGCCUUGCAGAUCAUGGUCCCUGGUGAUGUGGACACUGAAGAUGGAGCUGAGCCUCAUUUCCUAGGACACUGUGCAGAUGGAGCCUGGAGUUUGGCUCUGAAUUUGUGUUCCAGAGCAGGCUCCUUUCCUUUUCAUACUUAGAAAGUUUCCGUCAAGAUGAGAAAUAAGGGAACUCAAGUGUGAUUUCGUUGACAGGGCCAUACACAGCUACACCAAAGCCUCUCACUGUAAUCUGAGUGGAAACUAGUGUUGAGGAGCCUCAGGCAAGUCAGGUCAGAGACAUGUGAUAGGAGUAGGGGGUGCUCUCCAAGCUCCACCCUGGCCUUGGCUGUGGAGCUGCACUCACAGUGCUUGCUUCACCGUGGGGCUGUAUUCUGAAAUUCAGAAGGCCUUCAGUGAAUUUGAGAAGGUAUGAAAUCUGGAAGAGGCCUCUAGUGCUGAGGCUUUGAGAGCUUCAUAGUUCAGAGCAUAUAACCACCAAAAGAGAGAGGAUAAGACUGUGGGGCUCUGUGAAACUUGGAGGGAUCACUUAGGUUGGCAGAGGGCCCUGAACAACCCUUUGUGACUUAGGAGAACAGCUUGAACAACACUGGAGGGGCUGCUCCUGAGAGAUGCUGCCCCUGUGUUCUGGAACCAAAGAAAACUUGUACCCUGCUUUGGUGGUGAAUCUGUGUACAUCCCAUGGGUGACUUCUGAGGCCUGACCUAUGUACCUUGAAGAGCUGCAAAACUGAGGGAGGGGAGCUACAACAUACUGAUCUUCACCUUGAGGGACUGACCACCAAGGAAGUGCCUGGAGUCUGUGGAUCACAUUCCCCAGAGCCCAUCUCAAACCACACUGUCAGAAGUGGAAACUCGCUUUACCCUACCCGUCUUGUGGCAGACUUGAGGGCAUAGCCUCAGAAGAUAAUACUCUUAUGGAGUGUGUAGAAGGAUCAGGAAGGCUUUAAAUUCUCGGGCAACAGAUGUAUUGUAAAUGCCCCCAUGAAGUUGUCUGUGGCUUUGAGAAGAGGUCACAGGGGCAGAGACUUGUCCACCUUUGGUUGUAUUGCAGUAAUAAUUUGGGGGUGGAUGAAUUCAUAGAAGUGAGCCAUAGUGAUGGUCUGAUCUUUCAUUAUCAAAAAUAAUUAAAAAAAAAAAAACA